AUGAAAUUAUUCUAUUUAUUUUUUCUUCUUAUCAUUAUUUAUUUAUCAUAUGGAAUUCCUAAUCAAAGAACUAGAUGUGCAAUUGAAUGUUACAGUUCAUGUGCUUUUUCUGGUACGAAACAAGCUUUAUCAUGUAAUUGUACUUUACAAGUUUUAUCAGCAUCUAAUUGUACAUCUGUUGAUGAGGACAUGCUUUCAACAGAAUUAGAAUCAAGUGAUUCUAUUUCAGUAUGGUCCCAAUAUAUUUCUGCUCAUGCAAUACAAAUUAAAAUUCAAUCAUUUCCAUCAGCUUUUAUUUAUAUUUUUGAAUAUACCCCAACAAAUAAUAGUAUUUCAGAUGAGGAUAAAGAAUGGAGUUAUGGUGGUUCCUCAUCAACACCAACUAUCUCAUUUUCUAUUUCUGAUAUUUGUCAAGAGUAUCAAUUUAGAGUUAUUAUUAUUCUUAAAACAUCAGAUCCUACAAAAUUUAUUAAAGUUUUUUCUCCUAUAAAUAUUCCACAACAACUUCCAAGUAUGGAUAUCUCUCCAGAUAAAAUAUCAAUACAAUUACCACAAAUUUCUAAUGAUGGUAAAAAUAUUACAACAUCUUUUUCAUGGGCUUUACCAAAUGGAUAUAUGAAUUAUGAUAUAUUUGGUUAUGAAUCACCACAAGCUUACUCAAUUAAUUGUUUCUCCAAUUCAGAUGAUAUUUUAAUAGAGGAUGAGUAUGAGAAACCAUCUGUUGAAGUUUUAAGAAGUGGUGGUGGGAUGAUGAUAUGGAGUUUACCUAUUGAAUAUUUUAUAAAAGAAUGUAGAAUAUGGAUGGAAGUUAAAAUGAUACCUAGAUGUUCAAAAAUUGAAGCUACUGAUAUUAGUACAUCAAUAGAUUUAGAUUGUGAUUCAUUUCCAAAAUUAUCACCAUGUAAUAGAAAAAAUAAAAUCUCACAAUGUAUUGAUGUAAUUGAUGUAUGGGGAGAAGGUAAAAAAACAAAUAUUCAUUGGCAAAUGCCAUCGUUAUUAAACAAUGAUGAAAAAUUCUUUCAUAUAAUUUAUGGUAAAGCUCAACAAUCUGGAGCAUUUCCUUAUAACAUGUGGAAAAUAGAUAAUUUUCAAGAAAAAUUAGUAAAUAUUACAGAGAAUCAUCUUAUAAUAGAUGUUGAAUCAAAUAUUCCAUAUGCAGUUCAAGUAUGUACCACAAAAAAUCAAUCUUCCAUAAAAACGGGAACAGAGAAAAUUGGGUAUGUAAUUCCAUUUAUCUGUUCUUAUUGUCAAAUGAGGGAUAAGAUAAUUGAUAGUAAAUAUUGUUUGGAAUGUCAAAAAAUUGAAAAAAGAAUGCCUACUUUUAAUGCUAUUUGUCCAAAAGAUAAUUUUUGUAAUAUUUCUACUAAAUUAAUACAUAACAAUAAAGUGGAAAAUUCAAAAGAUCUCAAAGUUAUCACCGGUGAUACAAGACAAAUAAAUGAUGAAAAGAAAAAUGAGAAACAAUUUAACAUAACAAAAAAUGGUUUUGGAGUAAUUACUGAUUUAUCUUUUUUUACAAAAAAUUCUCCAGAAAGUAGUGGAAGGCAAUUUGAUACAAAAACAAUUUAUAAUAUUCCACCUAUUCCUAUUCAUAAUAAUGACACAGGAAUUCAAGGAACUAUUCAAGCUGUUGAAGCAAAAGCAAUAGUACUUGAUAAAGUUAAUGAUAAUAUUUUUACAAGUACAAUAAAAUUAGAUCACUUUAAAACAAUAAAUAUCCCUUCAAAUUUUAUACAUAAUCAUGGUGAAAAUGUUUCAAAAGAUAAAAUUCAUAUUAUAGAAGUGGAACAAAAAUUUACAACUACAACAGAAUCUAUAACUUCUAUUCAAACUACAACAACCCAAAGAACAACAACAAAAAUACCUUAUAAUAUGAUAUCACAAAUUCAUAGUAAUAAUUUACAUCAAGGUCCAUGUAGAAUGAGAAGUGGAAUUAUAUGUGAAUAUGGUUGUCGUUCUGAGGCAUCCUGUAUCUGUCCUUCAUUUCAAAAUACUUCUUGUAUACGUGGUCUAUAUUGUCCACCAAUACCUGAUGUUAUGACUUACUAUAAUCAAACCACAAAUACUAUAAAUAUAGUAGAUAAAACAUUUUUUAAUAAUAUAAUUAAUAAUACAAAUUUUAUCAAAACAUUUACUAAUUUAUAUAUUGAAAUAUCUGAAUCAACAAAAGAUAUCGAUAUCAAAAGAAUAUAUAAAAACAUUGAUCUAAAAGAUGGAAAAAAAAUUAUAUUUUUAAAUACAACUGGAAUUCAAUUGAGAAUUGAUAACAAUAUAAACUAUAAAAAAGAUGCAUUUAAUAAUUAUUUAUUAAAUAUAUGCCUAUAUAAUAAUACAAUUUUUAAAAAUGGACCAUCAAUAUAUUAUAAUAAAUUAACUCCUAUUCCAUUUGCUACAAUAAAAGAUUACAUGAAUAGAUAUCAAAAUAAUAGUAUACAAAUACUUUCUGAAGAUACCUUUAAAACAAUAAAAAAUAAACAAUCUACAGAAAUAGAAGAACCAAAAGUUCAAACAUCUUGGUUUAUUUAUCUUCUUCCAAUUAUUUUUGUUAUAAUAAUAACAAUAUCAUUAUUAAUAUAUUAUUGUUUUGUUAAAAGAUACCAACGUCUUGGAAAUGUAGCUUUUUAUAAUACUGUUAAUAAUCCUUUACGUUCAACAUUACAAUUAUCAGCAUACCGUCCAACAAUUGAACAUCUACCAAAUGAAUAUUAUAUUAAUACAUUAGAUAUAAAUAAUAUAUUACCUAGAGUUAAAAUACCUACAAAUUUCAAUGAUCAUAUAUAUCAUGAAAAUGGUAUACAAAAAUCUUCAACAAGUUAUAUAAAUGGAUCUUUUGAGAGAGAUUCUCAAGAAGUUUCUUUAACAGAAAAUUCAAGUUUAAAAAUUGAUGAAAGAAAAAUUUAA